AUGAUGGGUUGCUCAUCAUCUAAAAAUGUCACACCUUAUAUUCGAUCCGAACAUUUAUUAUCAGAUUAUGAAAAACCUUUGUCGAUGACGAAAACUAUCCCACAAACGACACGUUUUCUUGAAAGUUGUCUUAUUAUUUGGCUCUAUGAUGAAACUAUGAAUAAAUUUGAAAACGAAAUAAAACACUUACGAAAACUCAUUUAUGGAUUAAAAACAUUUAAUAAUAUCGAUGCAUGUAUUACUUUUAUCAACAAUGUUCAAGAUGAAAAAGUAUUUCUUAUUAUAUCUGGUACAUAUCGAAAACUCGAAUGUUUUCAUCAUUUAUCACAACUGGAAAAACUAUACAUAUUCAAUUCUUUUCAAAAAGAAAAUGACGUCCAGCAUCAAACUUUAAAAUAUGAUAUUAUCCAAAAUAUCGAUAAUCUUUAUAAACAACUUCAAGAAGAUAUCCAAUUAUGUGAAAUAGAUUUCAUACCUAUUACUGUUGUAUCGUCAUUAUCACAAGAUAUUUCAUUCUCAUCAAAAUUAACAAAACAACAAGCAUCAUUUCUUUUUGGACAAAUGAUUAAAGAGAUAGCUUCUCGUCUUAAAUUCGAAAGUUCUUCUAGAGAUGUCUUGAUCGAUUUUUGUCGAAUGAAUUAUAUGAAUAAUGAUGGAGAAUUGUGUAUAAUCGAUGAAUUUGCAAAAAAUUAUCGUCCAAAUAAAGUACUUUGGUGGCUAACAAAUCGAUGUUUCAUUUCAAAAAUAUUAAAUCGUGUACAACGUACACGUGAAAUUGAUAUUAUCUAUAAAUUUGGUUUUCUUAUUAAACAAGCUAAUAUACAACUUAAUCGAUUGUAUGAAGAAAAUGCAUCAUUAAUGAAAACAAUAUCUGUUGUCUAUCGUGGUAAAACCAUGCCACAUAUUGAAUUUAAUCAUACAAUAAAGAAUAAUUGUGGUGGUUUUCUUUCAUUUACUAAUUUUCUUAUCACUACUUGUAACAAAAAAGUUGCUAUUGAUUUUGUUGAUCGUCGACUUGUAAUGCAUCCUGAUAUGAUAGGUAUUGUUUUCGAAAUAAAUAUCGAUCAAACAUUAUUGAAUGAAAAAAAUCCGUUUGCCUUGCUUAAAGAUGUAGAUAUGAAUAAAGAUGAAAUUUGCUUUUAUAUGAGUACUGUCUUUCGUAUUGAAUCUGUUGAACAAACUACGUAUGGUGUAAUGGUUAUAUGGUUGGUUAAAUUAAAACAAAUUAAUGAUAAUGAUCAACAACUACUUCAUAUUCUAGCAUCUACUCGAAAUCCUGACUUACAUACUAAUCAAGGCUAUUUUUUGGGUAAAUUGCUGAUAGAUAUGGAGGAAUAUAGACGUGCUGAGCAGGUCCUUUUCGGAUUAUUGGAAGAUCCUAAUUUUCGUAGUCAACCUCGGCGUCUUGUACGCUUACAUAAUGGUCUUGCUGAUAUUUAUACCUGCAAAAAUGAAUAUAUUAAGGCUUUAAAUCAUUAUCGACAAGCACUUCAAAUGAGUUUGACUUAUCUACCAUCUGAUCAUCCAGAUCUUGCACCUAUAUAUAAGGCGAUCGAUGACAAUCAUUUGAAUCAAAAAAACAGUAUUCCUGCUUUAGAAAACUAUGAGAAAGAAAUUGAAUUGUUGGAAAAAGAUACGCCACAAGUUAAUUUCGAGAUCAUCACUGAUCUAUAA